UUCUUCUAAAGAAGAUAGUGAAACUGAAACUGAACAAGAAAAUGAUUUUGAAGAUUCAUCAUCUAUAAGAAAUACUGGACUACUUGAUGAUAUAGAAUUAGAAAAUACUUUAGUAUUUAAUAAUGAUUCAAAUUUUCCAGAAACAUUAUAUAAAGCUAAAGAUGCUAUGUUAUUUAAAAAAACAAUUAUACAAUUUGUUGUAUGUGAAAAAUGCCAUUUUUUAACUAAUUUAGAAAGUAUAUUUAAUAAUUCACAAGCAAGUUUUAGUGAAU